AAAGUGAAGUGAGCUGACACAACCUGACCCAUGGGGUACUAUGCAAUGGAAAAGCGCCAUAUCAUAGCAACCAAAGCAUUCAGCUAAAAAAAUCUGGCAAGCACCUAUUGUCAGUGCCCAUCCACCUGGCGUUUUCUGGCACUUAUAACUGCUUUGGUGUGCACGCCCCCUUAGGGCGCGUUUAAACGCUUUGGUAAGCACGCCCCUUUAGGUUUUGGGGAUGUAAACAACGCAUAUCCGGCGAGAUUUCACGGGAUUUUGACCGUGGCUGUAUCCCUUCUAGUCACAACCCAUCGAUGCCGUUUUUCAAUCCGUAGGUCGCAUUUAAAUGCUGCAUACGUCAUCAAGACUGUCUUAUUUCAGCUAAUUAACAAUUAUAAAGUUGACUAUUAUUCUUAGUUAAUCGUAAAUUGUUGUAAUAUGCUUGCCAUUCGCAAGAAUUGAGAAACGGCCCGAAUGUGCUUACCGUAUCGAUACUAGAAUGUGACGUGUAAAACACUGCAGAUCACUGAUUGGUCAAGAAGAAUUGUCACUACAAGCGUCAUUGGAUUUGCGACACCACACACCCGCAAGAUUCAAAUACAAAAAUAUUUAGCAGUCGCAGAAUCGUUUGGUGGGACGGAUUUUAAAUGGCUGUAUCGUGGUGGUCGGUAGACGAGAUACAGACGUUCCUCUCGUUCUUGACCAAGGAGCGGAUCCAGCGAGAGCUAACUGGGGCGACGCGGAAUGAAAGAGUUUUUAAGGAAGUCGCUCAGCUCUUGGUUGCACAUGGCUACCACCGUACACACAAUCAGUGUAGGGAAAAGUUAAAAAAACUAAGAUGCCACUACAGAACCAUAAAGGACCACAACAGCCGGAGUGCUUCUAACAAAAAAACGUGGAAGUGGUUCGACCAAAUGGACGCUAUCUACGGAGAUAGACCGAGGAGCGAUGAGAGGGAGGGUGCCAUGGACAUGGACUCUUUCACGGUGGUUUUGGAGAACACGGUGAAAAAGGAGGACGGGUCCCCACCAGCACGACCGCAAACACCAACAACCCCCAAGACAAACAUUAAACUGGAGCAUGUCAGCACAGAUUCAUCUCUUACAGUUGAUUCUUUAGCACUUUCUCCGUGCAGUGACGCCAUUACUUCCCAACUCGUGCUAGCAACGCCGUCACCAGCAGGAACGCCAACACCUCCUAGGACAAGCAUUAAACGGAGACAUUCGAGCACUGUCAAGAAACGGAAACGGAGCCUGCAUCAGAAGCAUUUUGCUGUUUUAAGAGAGAUGCAGUUGGCUGAUACUCAAUUGCUGGAGCUGAGAGAGCGACAUUUCCAGAUGAUGAUCGAUGAGGCCCGGGAGAUGCGCGAGCAGGAAGCUGCUUUAAGGAGGGAAGAGAGUGCACAAAUGGCUGUGUUCAAUCAAGCCUUCCUCAACAUCAUGGAUAAGCUUGUACAGGUGAUGAGUGGCCAGCGAGAGCAGACGAAAUGGACCCUGCACCACCAGGAUCACCUUGAUGUUUUCAAAGAAAUGCAGGCGACUGAUGGUCAACAGCAAGACCUGAACCGGGCGCAAAGAGAGCGUCAUUUCCAGAUGGAAAUCGAUGAGGCCCGGCAAAUGAGGGAGCAGGAAGCAGCCUUAAGGAAGGAGGAAAAUGCACAAAUGGCUGCAUCCAAUCAAGCCUUCCUCGGUGUCAUGGAGAAGCUUGUGCAGGCAAUAAGUGGCCAGCGAGAACAUAACUCUAUGCCAGAAUAGAAAACUGCCUCUAACAUACUUUUUAAUUUUUAAGUAAUUCUGCCUGUGACAUAUUUUGCCACAUCCCUCAUCCACCCCAUCACCUCACUCUUAGCUGGUUUCUAUCCCAGUUAAAGAGAAGGAAAGCACUGUAGCUUCGGGCAAAAAUUCUGAGCUCGGGGCCCUCCCCUCGGACAGUACGCCAAAUAAGCUUUAUCAUAUUUGAUUACAGGUUAAUGCAAAUUUGCAAACAAAUUUGUGUUUUAUACUAUAUACAUAUUUGCACAUUGUUUAAAGUUUGCUUAGCCUACACUUUUAAGUUGUUGUAUUCAUAUAUUCCUUAUGUAUAUAUUAUGUAUAUUGCACUACAUACAUUUGCACAUUUGUUAAAGUUUGCCUUUGUGUUUUUCUUAAAUAAAAAUACACCGGUCAAACAUGUAAUCUAUGAUUUAAUAUUUCAUAAGCAUAUGAUUUACUACCUGAUACGUGUAAAUGAUUAAUAGAAUAUAAUGAUAAAGCCUGUUUAAAGCCCCCUAACCUAAAAAAUGCACUUUUAAAUGUGUUUCUAGCAGAAAAUGAGUCACAGUGUGUGUGUGUGUGUGUGUGUGUGUGUGUGUGUGUGCAGAAACAUCCUGUUAGUUAUACAAAUCCAUCUAUUCUUCUUUGUGUAAUCUCCUUUAAACCGCAACAGUCACACAAAACAAUGUGAUGUCACAAUGAUUACGCCCCAACCAUAACCGCUCCCCGCUCACAGCCUUAUGAGCACCUAGUUCAAUUUUCUAUUUUCUGGUAGAGACACACAGGGCUCCAGACUAACUUUUUUCACUUGGAGCACAGUGGCCCCCAACUGAAAAUUUUAGGGGCACAACCAGAAAAUGUAGGGGCACACACCGUAAAUCAACAUGCUAACCAAAUAUUCACAUUUCUACUAAUUUCCACUGUAUUACUAAUAAAUACUUUAAUGAUAGAUGCAGAAAGUACAAUGUGUUUUUUCAAAUUCAGUGACACAUUUUAUUGUGCACUUUUGGAAAAAAAAAGGUCAAAUUUACUGGUUGCACAUGUGCGACUGGAUGUAAAAUUCAGUGGCACACUCUCAAAUUUUAGGGGCAAAAUGCCACCAUUUGGGGGCAGUCUGGAGCCCUGACACAUGUUUUGAUAUAGUCCAAAGCACAUAUGUGAGCGAACAAAGGGGAACAUAAGCUUUCUUUGCAUUUAAAGAAACACACAAAAAAGUGCAUUUUUGAUUGCAGCCACAAAUGGCCAUGUUUAACAUCAUAUAAUGAAAGAUCUGUGGUGUAUUUUGAGUUGAAACCUUACAGACACAUUCUGCAGAAACUAGAAUGUGUCUGUAAAUGUUCAACUAAAACAAUAAAUCUAUUAUCCCACCUGAUUUAAAGCAGUACUAAACUGCAGUAGAAGUGUGCUGAGUCUAGUCAAUGCAUUGGAAAAGCGCCAGGAGACGAACAGACAUACAGGGCCCAGAUGUAUUUUGAUUAAACGGGUGUGAAUUAGUUUAUGUACAUACUUCGAUUUACAUCACAAAAUUUGCAUAUACGAGAACAAACCACAGACAAAUGUGAGUAUAAUUGCAUAGUAAAGCCUUGGACAUACAAAAUUAUGUUCCAAUAAAAGGUUUAUUAGCAGUGACUGCUGUCUGUUUUCUCAUUAGUGUCAAAUUAACCCUCGAGUGGCCAGAGUCAGAGCAACCAUCACUCACAGGAGAAGCUGCCUAGCAAUAGCUCUCUAUAGUAUUAAAGUAAUAGGACUGAACGCUUGAUUUAAAACAUUUAUGACCCUGAACCAAAAAAAGUCUUCUUGUAGCCAGCAAUACAUUGAAUGGGUCAAAAUAAUCAAUUUUUUUAUUUUAUGCCAAAAAUCAUUAGGAUAUUAUAUAAAGAUCAUGUUCCAUUAAGAUAUUUUGUACAUUUCCUACAAUAAUUAUAUCAAAACUUUAUUUUUGUGAGUGGACGCAGUUGCUAAGGACUUCAUUUAUUCAACUUUAAAGGCGAUUUUCUGAGGGGCGUCAGUUUGUGUUGAAAAGUGGUGGGGACAAAAAAUCAAAUGAAAAAACAUGACAGCAGGACAGCAAAAAUAUUGAAUAACGGCGUCACCAACUCGACUCAACAGUGUUGCUGUUUGUCAUAUUCACAGAGAGAGAAUGUAUAACUUGGGCAAGAAGAAACUGUGUCAAGAAUUUGUUCAAGUUACUGAUCCGCGCAUGCAUGUUUUUGGGUCAUUUUAGAAUCACUAAUAGUUUGUUUUGUUUAAGUUACUGUUUUUGGACUCUGUACAUUUUUUUAAACUACAUUGCAUGUUUUAUUUUGUGCAAAUAAACCUAUAACAUUUCUUGGUUCGCUUGAUUUUUCAGAACAUUUUAACCACCAAUGCUUUCAAAAAGUGGUGGGGACAAAAUUAGCCAUUUCAAAAAGUGAUGGGGACAUGUCCCCAGCGUUCCCAGUGUAAAUGACACCUAUGGAUUUUCUCAAUGUUUAGA